AUGGUGACAGGUAUUGAAACAGUGGGCGUCGUCCUGGCCAUUCUGCCCCUCGUCGUAAAUCAGCUGGACAACUACGUCCGUGGUAUCGAGACCCUCAAGGGCUUCCGCAACAAACGCCAUCGGCGACAGCUAGAGGAAUACUCGACCAGGCUGGGCACUCAGCAUGCAAUCCUACUGAACUCGUUGGAACAAGCCUUAGAAGGAGUUGUCGAUUACGAGGACGACAUAUCCGACUUGAUCAAUUGCCCUCUUGGAUCGUCAUGGAGAAACCAGGAAUUUCAACGUAAACUGAGCCGAAAACUCGAUCGAAAUUACGACGUCUUCGUCAGGACAACAACCGAGAUUUCUAGAGAGCUACAAUAUCUAUCUACGAAGCUUGGGUGGGAUUCCGCUACAACAACGCAGAUGUCCUGGGAUGACACCGGCACCGUAGAACGCGAGCUAAGAAAGUUCAAGGAUAUCUUCUCCAAAUCAGUCUACAACGAACUCCUUUCCAAGAUCGAAAAUGCAAAUGGAGCACUUCAGACUCUGAUCGAGCAAUCACGUCGCCGUGAAACCACAAGGAAACACCGAGUGUUCAAGAAGAAGCCUCUUUUGAAGUACAAAAACGCCCGAAAGCAUGCCACAAAUAUCUACAAUGCGAUUGUACAUGGGACAUGCUGGCCGUGCCCUUGCAGCGAAUCACACUGCGUGCACCUUCGGAUCGAGCCACAGGCGUUGGAUGAAGACGACUUGAAACACCAGACUCAAGAAGCCUUUGUCCCCAAGAUACGAAUGGUGUUCACCUCGAAGAUCCCUAGCAAAGGUACUCCUUUGUGGUACUGGCAAGAAGUAGAAACAAUUCCUGUCGCAUCCGAACCAGUGACAGUCGCUCCAUCAUUGACAAAGGCGAAAUCUGCUUCUGCUUCGACCGUCGUUACUAAACGCACUGGCCCGGAUCGGAGGGUUACCUUUGCAGCCAUUGUCGAGUCCACCCUGGACACUGUUCCCUGGCCACGCGUGAACAACUCGCUCCCUCCGCCCAAACAGAUCUCCAACAUGUGCUCUGCACUAUGUUCGCAAAAUGCCGGCGAUAGGUUGCUUGGGUCCAUUCUUGACCGUUCUGAUCCAACGCACCAAUACCAUAUCUACCUAACCGACAGGGUGGACACCAGCGUUCCCACGAAGUCGCUAGCAGAUGUGCUGGAGGCAUCUGCAAAGGACAGCUUGAGAUUCAGUAUCGCGAAUCAAAGCUUGAUGCUCAGUCGUCAUGAUCGACUAUCUCUCGCCGCAACAUUGGCCUUGAGCGUCUUGCAAUACCAGGGUAGCUGGCUCAAACCGCAAUGGCGAAUACAAGACAUUCUAUUCAAGGACCACGACAGCGGCAAUCCGACAUUACUCGAUCGUGUAUACCUAUCAGCUCACGACGUAAGCCCGACAGGCGACUCGUCAAGUCUGAGCAACGGUGCAGAGACAAGCGAGGGAGCAUCACAGCAAUUGACGGUGGCGGUGACUUCGAGCUCCUUGAUUCGCUGUGCGCUUCUUUUCCCGUUAGCGCUCUCGCUGAUCGAAUUGUCUCUCUGCACGCCCUUGUCAUCUCUUCAAACCGCUGAAGAUGCCGACCCAGUCGAAGCAAUCUCCAACCUCAAGACAGCCGUCCGGGUACUGCCUCGCGUGUACGCAGAAAGUGGCUGUCGGUACGGCGACGUCGUUGACACGUGCCUCUACUGGCCAGACACGAAGAACAUGCAACUCGACGACGAGGAGUUUCAGAGAACAGUCUUCGAAGUGGUGAUCUCGCCGCUGCUGGAUGAUCUGAGGGACUUUGAAGGGAAGGAUCGGAUUCGCUAA